CGCAAAGCGACGGGCCGUGUGCCUAGAUGAAUUCCUUGUGCAUGGCCGGAUGCUGUCCCCAGCAACACCUAGGUUUGGUUGGAAUGUUUGGCUGGUAUUGCGUUUAGCUACGCUUCUUUGUAGUGUCAUUGGCUCUUGUUGGCUUUUGCGCGCAGCAUGGAAGCCCUCGUAUUUGUUUACACGUCAGCUCAGACAUUUAGCUGUUGCAGACCUAGGGCUCUCUUUGGUUGCGCCUGGCUACGAGCUGGGAAUGUGGCUGAUGCCGGGCCUGCCGAAACAUAUUGGCUAUUUCAGUCAAAGUUGUUUUCGGGGCUUCCUUUGUUCCAGUUGCUUCAUCGAGACGCAGAUUGCAGCAGGAGUGAUGGGAAGCGCUUUGCGGUGGCAGCGAUGCCCCAAGGCACUGGCUUCGACCUUGAUUAUCUCUUGGGUGUCAGCUGCUGGUAUUGGAGUUGGAGAUGUUCUGUCAACGCAUUUCAGUGAAACGGAUACUUUUGCAGUUGUAGUUGCUGUGGUACUGUGCACAACGGUCCUUCUUUCGUUUUUGAUGUAUUUGAUCUCCAUCCUUGCAGUUCUGUGGACACCUUCUCCCAGCGCAGUGGUCAGGAGAGCGUCUCAACGAGCCUUGGCCUUCCCCUGCAGCUUCCUCAUCACGGUCUUCCCACAGUGGCUGCUUUAUGUUGGCCUCGCUCCGAAAGAUUGGUUCCGGCACGUUGCUACGAUUGCGGUCUACAGCAAUGGCUGUGUCAAUGCAGCUGUGUACAGCUGGCAGAACCGACACAUCUGUUCCACUGUGGAUUGGAGGACGUGGAGGGCGAGAAAUGGGCGCUCUUUGCGACAGGACGACAGUCAUUCCUCACUUGCGCAAUCCUUUCAUGUGGGCUUUGGUCGAGUUUCACGACUCUUCCCACAGACUGUAUCCUCUGGCACUCUUAGUGACUCGAGCAAGCCAACAGAGACUGACACCCAAGAAGCACAAUUGCAACAACGCAGAACCAACGGACUCUCCAUGGGAUUGCUUUUCGAAGUCCGCGGAGAAGGUCGCUGGGAGAAUCUGUGCAUUGACACCAUUCACUGUCGUGGAUGCAUUCUUGUGGAGGGCCAAGUCAUUCCGCUGCAGCAGGAGGGCUCAUUGUGGUUCUCUACCACUCCGAUGUGGCUGGAUCUCAGUGGUGUAGUGAGCGGUGGGAGUGAUGAAGGAUGUGCAACAGACUCGCCCUGUAGAUACAUUGAGCUGGAGUAUCGAUUGGUUAGCAGCAUUCCACAAAGUGCCGGCAGUGCCUCGCAAGGCCAUGAACGCAACAGCCACUGCAGCGUGCCGCUGGAACGUGGCUUGUGGUUGGUGUCGGAGUCUGCAGCAGAGAGAACCACUGAGGUUUCAUUGGUGUCGCAGUCCACUGACGAAGCUUUGGCAUUGAGCCCAACGCGCAGCUGAGGGCCCAGCAUCCGCUGGUCCCACUCAAACGGCCUCAUCGUUCGACGAAUCGUUUGACCGAGUGAGGCAUCUACACUGCUGGCAGUGUUCACAGCGCCGCCAUCCGAGCUGCAGAGGUGGACAGCUGGGCAGCGUUCAUGGGCAGAUGAGAAAAGAAAAGGGGCAGCGGAUUCGAGCUGCACUUGCUGGCUUUGGCAUGCUUAUGUUGGUCUUCACAGGCUUAGUCCCACUGGCUCACGCCAUGCCAAUUUCUGCAUUGUUUUUUUUAUUUUUUUGUCGUUUUCUUCGGUUCUGCCUGUGUGAUCCUUUUUCCUGUCUCCUUUCUUGAUGCCUUUGCGUCCUUCUUCCUUUUUUUCUCCUCCUUUCCUGCACAGUCGAGAUCGGAACAAACGUGAAGGAAGAAGCGAGGAGAAAAACGGAAGGACGCAAAACAUACCUGCACAGUCCGGCGGUCUGUAUGGAAAAGAAAGAAAAAAGGCAGGAGAUGAGCAUCCUAAAGAAACACCGGCCGGCUGGGAGCACGCACGACAAAACGUUGCUAAGCACAGCCAUAUCCCUGUCACUGGAGACUGGAGGUUGCUGGCAAUGUCGCAUGAAGAGGCUUCCGGGAUUGUCGCGCAGAUGAUGUUCAUUGUUUUCUGCUUAGAGGGCCAUUUGCAUGUGAGCUGUCUUUUUUUGCGUGGCAAUCACUUUUUUCAUUGUGUUCUUUCUUCACCCUCUUCUCUUCCUUCCCGUUUCCGAAUCCUUCCUUUUCCUUUCCGUGUUCCUUUCCUUUUCUCUUUCCUCUUUCUCCAUUCCUUUCCAUCUUCCUCCUCUUCUCCCUCCUCCUCUUUCCUCCUCCUCUUCCUCUC